AGGAUAACCCAUACAUGGAAGAAGUAGAAAACCUUUUAACUCAAGAAGAAACCCAAAACAUGGACAUGAAUGAAACUUGUUCACAAGAACAAGUAACAGAAAAAAUUAUAUCAGAUUAUGAAAUAAAUAGCAAAACAGAUACU